GAAAACAAAAUGCCGAGUUGAGUUGUCAAAAUCGCAUCCUGAGAGUGGAAAAACUUUCGUCGCGGCUUGAUUUUCCGUAAAAUUCGUGAAAAUUUCGCCCAUUUUCCGGUAAAAAAGUGUCUGGCCGUUUCAUUCGCGCACCCUGUUAUCGCAUUUCGGUGGAAAAAGUGAGUAUUUUCACUGCCAACAGCAGCGGCGAGGGUCGAAAGAAUGUCGCAACGCUUUCCACCAGCGGGGCCCAGUGGCGCUCCGCCCGGUCCUCCCGGCGGCCCGCAGCGGUAUCCACCGUCGCCGGCCGGGCAGCCCAGUCAACCACCGCCCGGGAUGCGUCCGUACGGGCCUGGUAACAACUUUCCGCCCCGCGGUUACACUCCGCCUCCGCAGAUGCCCGGUGGACCGCCCCCGCAGAAUCCACCGGCAAUGCACCAGCGGCCGAUGCAACCGGGUUUCCAAGCCGGCAGUAUGCGCGGCUCACCGAUGCCAAGCGGGUCGUCCGGAGGCAGCAAGCGUCCGGCGGACAACCGCAGCACCAUGAGUCAACCGCCGCCGAAGAAUGACUAUCCGGCAAAGAAGAAGAAGAAACUUGCGGACAAGAUUCUUCCGCAGAAGGUGCGCGACUUGGUGCCAGAAUCGCAAGCCUACAUGGACUUGUUGGCGUUCGAGCGUAAGUUGGACGCAACGAUCAUGCGCAAGCGGCUGGACAUCCAGGAGGCCUUGAAGCGUCCAAUGAAGCAGAAGCGAAAGUUGAGGAUCUUCAUUUCCAACACUUUUUAUCCGAGCAAGGAAAGCGAAGGUGGUGACCAGGGCGGUGAGAGUUCCGUUGCGUCCUGGGAACUCCGAGUGGAGGGCCGUCUGCUGGAGGACAACAAGUCGGACCCGAACAAGAUCAAGCGGAAGUUCUCCAGCUUCUUCAAGUCGUUGGUGAUUGAGCUGGACAAGGACCUUUAUGGGCCGGACAAUCAUCUGGUCGAGUGGCAUCGUACGCAUUCCACGCAGGAAACGGACGGGUUCCAGGUGAAGCGCCCUGGAGAUCGUAACGUCCGAUGCACGAUUCUGCUGCUGCUGGAUUACCAGCCGUUGCAGUUCAAGUUGGAUCCGCGUUUGGCCCGUCUUUUGGGAGUUCAUACCCAGACUCGUCCGGUCAUUAUCUCCGCCUUGUGGCAAUACAUCAAGACGCACAAACUCCAGGAUGCCCAUGAACGCGAGUACAUCACGUGCGACAAGUAUCUGGAGCAGAUCUUCGGCUGCCAGCGGAUGAAGUUUGCGGAGAUUCCGCAGCGCCUGAACCCACUGCUGCACCCACCGGAUCCAAUUGUCAUCAACCACGUAAUCACCGUGGAAGGUGGCAUGGAGAACAAGCAGACGGCCUGUUACGACAUCGACGUCGAGGUGGACGACACUCUCAAGAAUCAGAUGAAUAACUUCCUGCUGAGCACGGCGUCCCAGCAGGAGAUCCAAACGCUGGACAGCAAGAUCCACGACACGGUCGAAACGAUCAACCAGCUCAAGACGAACCGGGAGUUCUUCCUGAGCUUUGCCAAGGAUCCGCAGACGUUCAUCCACAAGUGGAUCGUUUCGCAGACGCGGGAUCUCAAGACGAUGACCGACAUCGUGGGCAACCCGGAGGAGGAACGCCGGGCUGAGUUCUACUAUCAGCCGUGGACGCAGGAGGCCGUGUCCCGGUACUUCUUCACCAAGGUCAACCAGAAGCGCGCCGAGCUGGAGCAAGCGCUGGGAAUUCGGAACUCUUAAAGCGGUGGAUUCUGACUCAUUUUGUCCGGAGAUGAUUUGAUGUGCGUAUUUUCUUUCUUAAGUUAACUAACAACGUCUUGACGUUCGUCGAACGGAGAAUCUGAACCGAAAUAGGUAAGUCUAUUGUUCUUCGAGAAGUGACGGAGAUGCUACAUUUAAUUUUACAGUACUUUAGUAUGAUCUUUCCGAGUGUUCGGAUUUCUUAUAUUAAUUGAAUGACGAUUUAGUAUGUAGUAAUGUGCUCUAGAACUCUAAAAAACUACAAAAAAAAAUAUGGUGAAUAAAGUAUGCUCUAGGUUUAA